CCUGCGUCUCAAAAUGUCUGCAGAGGCAACUGUGCGGAAACAUGCAACGGGAAGCGAGAGUUCCCUAAAAAAAAGACCAGAGGCUGGUGGUGCUUUCAUUUGGACGUCCCGGUGUGCCGAAAUUACGGCAAGGGGCGGGGAAAUUGUCUUAAAUGGGUUGCAGGUGUCAGACGGCAGGUAGGCUAUGAUGCUGAAACAACAGAGAAAGAGUGGCACAACUUGUAACAACUCUGGCAGAUGCUGACAAAAUGUCGAUGACAGAUCUGUUGAAAGCCGAGGAGAUCAAGAAAGCUCUUGAAGCCUUUGCAGGAGAAACAUUCGACCCUAAAAAGUUCUUUGAAAUGGUGGGAAUGAAGGCCAUGUCAGCUGAAAACGUCAAGAAGGUCUUCCAGGUUCUGGAUGUGGACGGUAGCGGCUUCAUAGAGGAGGAGGAGCUCAAGUUUGUACUGAAGGGCUUUUCCAAGGAAGGCCGAGAUCUAACUGACUCUGAGACAACAGCAUUCCUCAAAGCCGCAGACAAAGAUGGAGACGGCAAGAUUGGCAUUGACGAGUUUGAAAUCAUGGUGCAUGAGUAGGGGAUAGCUGAACACCCCCCUUUCUUCCUCCUCCUCCUCCUCCUCUUCGUCCCUGCAUUCAUAUUUUGUAACUACCACUACUUCUCUCACCUUCCUCGGGACCCCACACAUGGAGUCAGACCAGGCCUGCUCUCUCUACAAAACACUACAGGAGCAGGCCAACAGGGAGUUACCAUGAGGAGAAACAUACAGGCAUAACAGGCACCAGUGUCAUUUUUGAUUUUUAUAUAAAUAUUUAAUUGCACAAGCUGUAUGGGUUUCUGAAUCAUUCUUGAUGAUUUCAUGAUGGUAGUUUGUGGUCUCAAAACAGAUGGUACUAGUGCUGUAGAUGGUUUAGAUGUUAGAGACUUCUUAAAUCUUAAUUUCCUUCCUCUGUGUAUUUCAGAUCGUGCAUUUUGUCUGAUGGGUUUUACUUCUAGAUGUUCACAUAUCAGUGCACUUUCCGCCUACUCCUCUUCCUCAUCCACCUUCCUUCACCUUCCUUCACCUCCUCUCCUCCUCCACCUCCUCCUCCACACUCCCUGCCUCCGAUCAGAUGAUGUAGUAAAUAAAAUGAUAUAUACAGUAAGAGAGUUGUGA